UCUAUAACCUACUGUUCACAAGACAAUUGGACCUUUCCUUGUCGUUUGCUCUCUCACACAGACGAUAUUGUUUCGUCCGACAUCCCAUUCCCGCGAUAAUUUCUAUGUUACAGCUGCUUCACCUUCUCUUCCCCUCCCCCUCUCUCUCUUUGGAACCUUCAAUUCUUCCGAGAGAGCGAUAUGGAGAAAAUGGCUGUUGCUCAUUGAUGUUACCGUUACUUUUGUCACUGCAACAGAAGUGAAGACGGGGGGGAACCAUCACUGGUCCUUUGCUCGAUCGCCGAUAAGAAUGCCUUCCCGAGUACUAGAAGAUGCAGUGACCGAUCCAGCGACCUCUGCAUUGCGGAUGCAGAGCUCCUCUGCUCAGUGGGGUUCUUCAGCCUUGUGCUUCUUUCUGGGAGGAUUGCUUGUGCUUGUGAUAUUUCUGAUCCUUAUAUUAAUCCUUCGAAAAAUAGUUAAUCCACCAGAGUUAUUGAAGUUGGUAGCAGGAAUAAAUAAGCAGCGAGCAACUGCAGAAUUAUUUAGCGGUAAUCUUCGAACGGUUAGCCAUUUUGAUUUCCAGACACUUAAGAAGGCAACCAAGAAUUUCCAUCCUGAUCAUCUUCUUGGAAAAGGCGGAUUUGGGCCUGUUUAUCUGGGAAAGUUAGAAGAUGGGAGGUUGGUGGCGGUGAAGAAAUUGUCCCUCGAUACAUCCCGACAAGGAGAGUCAGAAUUUCUUGCAGAGGUGAGGACGAUCACGAGCAUCCAACACAGGAACCUGGUUCGCCUUCUUGGAUGUUGCUACGAUGGGCCUCAACGGCUACUUGUUUAUGAAUACUUGAAGAAUAGAAGCUUGGACCUUAUAUUAUAUGGUAAAAGUAAUAAGUUCCUGAAUUGGAGCACCAGGUUCCAGAUAAUAGUCGGCAUUGCAAGAGGUUUGCAGUACCUACAUGAGGAUUCGCACUUAAGAAUUGUGCACAGAGACAUCAAAGCUAGCAACAUUCUUCUUGAUGACAAAUUUCAGCCUAGGAUUGGAGAUUUUGGGCUGGCUAGGUUUUUUCCUGAAGAUCAAGCUUAUCUUAGCACUACAUUUGCUGGAACUUUAGGUUAUAUCGCACCUGAAUAUGCUAUCAGGGGAGAAUUAUCUGAAAAGGCAGACAUCUAUAGUUUUGGAGUCCUUGUCCUCGAAAUCAUUUGUUGCAGGAAAAACACAGAUUUUAGUUUAGCAUCGAAAAUGCAGUACCUCCCUGAAUAUUCAUUACAGGCAUGGAAGCUAUAUGAGGGGUCAAGAGUGCUUGAUCUGGUUGAUCCGAAUAUGCGAGAAGAUGGGUUUGUGGAGACGGAUGUUUUGCUAGCAAUCCAUGUAGCCUUCUUGUGUCUUCAGAAUCAUGCAAAUCUCAGACCCCCUAUGUCACAGAUCGUGGCUUUAUUAACAUGCAAAGUUGAAUUGGAUAAAACACCACCGAGACCCAUUUUCUUGGACCCAAGGCGUAAGAUGAAUCUUUCUUGGGAUGUCAUUUCUGAUGAUCUCCCUUCUAAAAUGCAAAGUGAGUCCCCCUCAUCUCCGAAAACACCAAACUAAGGGCAACUUUAUGCUUCCCAUUUUUUUUUUUUUAUAGGAGAAUGGGAAAUUCGGGGUGUUGGAAUUCACACUUUCAUAACUACGCAGUUUCUUUUCUUUUCAUGGCCUCCUUUCCUUUUCCUAGAUAUGUAUACCAUGUAGAGGGGUUAGAGGUAGCAAAUCCUUUAGUAAUCGCAGUAUAGAAUCAUUUUGAUUAUGGUUGGAUAUAGACGGAUUGAAGAUGAUUCAUUUGUUGGGAAUUUGUUUCAAGCAACCUGUAUCUUUCAGAUGACUUGAUUUUUUUUUUGUCCCUUAAUUUCCUUUUUAAUAAACAUGCUUUUACAGAGUU